CCGGUCGGUUAAGGCCUGGGACGGUGAAUCCCAGGACACACACACGAGCCUUCUGCUGAGGAGGAACGAACUGAGGUUUCAGUUUGAGGAAGAGAAUAUUUACCAGGAAGUCACCGAAGAGAGGACACGCAAUCCGUUUCAAACCGGGAUCACCAAUCGAUUGGUGCAGGACUCCAGUGUGUGAAUAAUGGAUCCUGAUCCGGCCAACAGGGUGCAGGCCUUGACGGUGCGAAUGGAAGAGGUUGCUCUGAUCGUGAGGAAGAAUGUGGAAACGGUCCAAGAGAGAGCUGGAAAACUGGCCGACGUCGACGAGAGGGCUGAGGCAUUGAAGGAGUCGACGAGCAUAAGGCUGAAGCGCUCCUAUGACGAGGAGAACAGCUGCUGCAACCAGAAGAAGCGUAAGCUGGUCUUGGUCAUCGUGGUGGGCGUCCUCGUCAUCAUCCUCAUCAUCGUCCUGCUGGCCACAGGGGUCAUCCCCAUGGGCUCCUCCUCCUCCACGCCCCCCCCAAUGCCCAUCGCCCCCGAACCAUGAACAUGCACACCCUCACGUCUGUAGCGGCACCAGAGAGUUAUGCUUGUGGGAGGUAUGGGGGAGCUAGAUCGUUUAUAGCAGGUGCUAAUAAAAAAUGUUAACGCAACAACAAAUAAC